AAAAGGAAAGGAUAUACGAACUCUGAAGAAUUAUCGGGGCGAACAGAAAUAUUGAUGUAACUAGCAACCCAACCCACCGUAACAGUGGUUUCAAAUUCCUGUACCAGUGCCAAUCCAGACAUGGACGCCUUCAAACUGAUGAGGGAGCUGAAAGCAAAUUAUGAACAAGAGAUAAAUUACCUCCCGAAGGAGACAGGGUUAAGCCUGAUCGAAUCCACGACACAUCAGAAAGACCGCAUCUCAGCCAAAUGUAGAAAUGGUAAAGUCGAAGAUCUAUGGAGCCUGACCAGUUUCUUUGGAUAUUGCACCCAAACCUUUGUUCUAGCAGUGAACCUGCUGGAUAGAUUCUUGGCUAUGAUGAAGAUUCAACCAAAGCAUCUAGCAUGCAUCAGCAUCAGCUGUCUCCACAUUGCUGCAAAAGUUGUUGAAGAAGACUGCAACAUUUCUUCCACCAACGAACUCAUCCGCAUCAGCCAGUGCAAGUUCACCGUGUCGGACUUGAGCCGCAUGGAGAAGAUCAUAUCGGAGAAGCUAAACUUCCCUUCUAAAGCCAUCACCGCCUUAACCUUUUUGCACUUGUAUCACAAGAUAACAGUCUCGCACACGUCGGACAGGAAAGAUGCUCUUAACAUUGAAAAACUUGAGGCCCAGCUGAAAGCCUGCCUUUGUCGGAUUGCCUUCUCAAAAGCCAAACCAUCAGUGUUAGCCCUGGCACUCUUGACCCUGGAGAUUAAAGCCAUGCAGUCUGAAGAUGUGCUGGAAAUCGCACGCCAUGUCCAGACUCAUCUGAAGAUUGCCGACAGUGAGCUGCUCUACUGGAGCGACCUAGUGGCCCAGUGUAUGUCAGACUACUCCUCUCCUGAAUGUAGCAAACCCAACAAUAAGAAGCUAGUGUGGAUAGUCUCAAGGCGAACAGCACAAAACCUCCACAACAGCCACUACAGCGUCCCUGAACUGCCAACCAUUCCUGAGGGGGGCUGGGAUGAAAGUGAAAGUGAGGACUCCUGUGAAGACAUGAGCUCAGGGGAGGAGAGCCUGAGCAGUUCACUUGGUAGUGACGCCGAAGGGCCCUACUUCCCUCUUCACUUCCGUUGCCAAAAACACAAGCAUCCAACCUUCUAGAACCCUUAACCCCAAUAUUUAUAACAGUGACCUCAGCUAGAGGGCCACGGUUUUUUUUUACCACAGAACUGUGGAACAGCGUUGUUAAUUUAUUCGAGUUACAAAAGGGUUACCAUACUGUGUGCCCUUACCAAUAAUCAAUAUACUGUAUCUUCAAGCUUAAAGCAGUACAGAAAUGUACCAGAUUUGCACAAACCUGGCAGCUGAAUUAACUUAAAUUUGUUUUGGACUAGUUGUGUUUUUAAUAGCUGGAGGUGCAUGUCUGGAUUUGUCACAUUCCAAGCCACUAUACAGAACAGCCAAGGUACAAUAGACUGUUAUAAAACAAGGACUGUUGUUUUGCUGGGAAGUACCAGUAACCCCAGGAAAUGUACUUUGCACAGUUUUGUACAAAUGUCAUCAUGGAGUGGCAGAGGAGUAACAGUAUAUGCCUGGUGACCAGUUAGAUUUUUCCCAAGGUUGUUUUGUAAUGUUGGUUUGCA